ACAUUCGAUCUACAGUCAUGUCGCAGGCAGGCGCGAAACGAAAAGCACCGGAGCCGAUUGCUGAGCCGAAGCGGAAGGCGGUGUACCGGCCUUUGCUUGACAAUCCGCUGGUGAAGGUGCAAUGGCCAGAAAUACCAACAAACGAAGGACAGCUGUAUUUAGAUCUGCUCUGCGGUCUGCUACGUCCCCUCCAGCCAUACAUUGCGGAAAAAUCGAAUCACUCCCACAAGAGCACAGCCAAAGCCCACGAUAGCCAGUCCCAGGGUAAACACCACCGGCCAGACGUCCUGGCUCAUCUGACACUGGGGAUCAACAAGUCCACUCAAGCUCUUGAAAGCCAGACAUCAGAAAUCUACAUCUCCUCUUCCUAUGCGACCAAGAACCACAAGACAUUCAACAGAGCCGCAAAGAUCAAAAAUCCAGUAACGGCCCUCUUCGUCGCAAGACAUGACAUUACACCCGCCAUUCUUGUAUCCCAUUUCCUGAUGCUCUCAGUAACCGCCUCGCCGCGCGUCAAAGUGGUGACUCUGCCGCGCAAGUCGAUGGAAACUAUAUCGAGCUUUUCUGGAAUCGCUGAAUUGGGCGUGGUAGGAGUGAGGAAAGACUGCCCGAACGCAGAGAUGCUCUUUCAAGCGCUGGAGAAGGUCGACUACGUUUCAGCGCCAUGGGGUCUUCCAGGGGAGAACAGGAACAGUGGAGGAUACCAAGGUCUCAACCUGAAGACAAUAGCGACGACUAUGCCGAUUAUACAGAAGCAACAAAAGAAUCAAAAGCAGAAUCAAAGUCAAAGUCAAGGUCAGGGUCACAUAGCGACGACUAUGCCAAUUAUACAAAAACAAAAGAAUCAAAAGAACCAGAAUCAAGGUCAAGGUCAAAGUCAAGGUCAAACACUAAAACAGGUACAAAAUAAAAAAGAAAUUAGCUGAUAGCUAUAAUACGGGUU